AUGAGGCGGGCAGUGCUUGUGGCAGCAGCUGCUGCUGUAAGCAGUGGUGCAGCAACGGCGCUGUAUUUUGGCACGGGUGGUGUCACGCCAUUCCCAAUGGUGGUGCACGCAAAGGAAGAUCGCACCGCCACCACUGACGCUACCACUGACGCCACCACCACCACCACAACUGCUCCUCAAACCCCGUCCUUGGCGGACCAAACGGACACGGCGCGGACAACACGGCUUGGGAACGUCACGUACGGCCAUGGCAAGCUCGCUUACUUCUUUCCAGGCGUUGCAGAGGACAAGCGCAAGCAACUUGCCUUGGACACGGAGGCCUACUACUCAACGACCGAUGCGCCCAGCGCAGACGCAAUGACAGAGCUGUUGUCCUGCUUUGUCCAGGACAAGGCGAGCCCUGUGCUGGACGCCACGGCCUGCCUGGGCGGCAACACGUUCAGCCUGCAGCGGCGCUUCAAGAACACAUAUGCACUUGAGCUCGAAGAGGAGCGAAUCCCACUGCUUGAGCACAACCUGCGCGUGUUGGGUGCGCGGGGCGUCAACGUGGUGCAUGGCGAUGCCCUGGACGUUGUCCGCGUCCCCGUUGACAACGGCGGCAAGCCCAAAGGCGCCACCACUGCUGCUGACAACAACGGCAAGAACAGCGGCAGCGAGGCCCGCAAUUGGGUUGUGAGGCGCAGGACAACGAGGGAGCUUCCGCGUUGGUUUGCCGCGGUGGUUGCCGACCCACCAUGGGAGGGCAUCGACUACGACAAGGCGGGCCCAAAGCGGCUGCGCUUGUCCACGGUCGAUUUGGCAGACUGGGUCGUGUACGCGUCUGCCGUCUCGCCUGUCGUCAUGUGCAAGGUCCCCUACAACUACGACUUCCAAGCGUUCCUCAACAAGCUGCGGGCCAGCGCACUGCACAGCGAGGCGGGCGCCCGGCCAUCGCUGCUGGUGCAUGCGAAGCUGCCCAAGUUUGACAUCCUCGUCGUCACCUUCAACUACGCCGGCCACUAUGCCGGCACCAACACCAGCAGCAACAACGACGGCGACGGCCAAAGCAGCCGCCACAACUACCAUCAGCACCAUCGCAGCUUGCAGGAGGAGCGUCUCGGGCCCCACUUCAUUGCACCACGCACGCCGACACACGCGGAUCUGGCCAAGUUUGAAGGACGUUUCGUUGGCGUCACCACGUAUGAACUGCAGUGGCAGGGAAAGCAGCUGUUUGAAGACGUGAACAAGCGCCCUGCACGUUACCGCGAGCCCACAAACAUUGAAGCACACAUCGAAGCCACGCACUAG